AUUGAUGAUGAGGACGACAAGAUUGUUGGUGGAUACGAGUGCAGAAAGAACUCUGUACCCUACCAGGUGUCUCUGAACUCUGGCUACCACUUCUGCGGAGGUUCCCUGAUCUCCAGCACCUGGGUGGUGUCUGCUGCUCACUGCUACAAGUCCCGCAUCCAGGUGCGUCUCGGUGAGCACAACAUCGCCGUCAACGAGGGCACGGAGCAGUUCAUCACCUCCAGUCGGGUCAUCAGACAUCCCAGAUACAGCAGCCGCAACCUGGACAACGACAUCAUGCUCAUCAAGCUGAGCAAGCCCGCCACCCUGAACAGCUACGUGCGCACCGUGUCCCUGCCCUCCAGCUGUGCCGGCUCAGGCACCCGCUGUCUGAUCUCUGGAUGGGGCAACAUGAGCGGCUCUGGAAACAACUACCCUGACCGUCUGAGGUGCCUGGACGCCCCCAUCUUGAGCGACAGCAGCUGCAGGAACUCCUACCCUGGACAGAUCACCUCCAACAUGUUCUGCGCCGGAUUCCUGGAGGGAGGCAAAGACUCUUGC